CUGGCGUGCAUUAAAGACGCAAAGGCGCAAUUGUUGCCUACCUCUUUUAUACAACCCGAGCAACAGAGACCGGUCGGCACUUGGAAAUAAACAUUCGUCGCGGUUAUUGCUGCCCUCUGUCCAUCUUUAUUAUUAGCGCUUCGCUCCGCCCUCCUACCUGUAAAUCUCCCCGCUCUCCUCUGGAGCGGAUCUGACAGGCGCUCUCAGCUGGCCGCUCCGUGCCAGGGCUGCAGGGGGGGAACCGAAUGGAGAUAGCGACGUCCACCCGAGCGCCAGUCCUUUUUACGCAGAACUGACAACGAAAACGCCCGCAAGAACAUGUAGUCUUCGGCGCCGCGGUGACAGCCACCCAAUCGUAGAUUUUAAUUAAUAUCUCUCUGUGUGUUUCUCGCUUCGAAAACCGUUCACAGCCGAUUGACGCUUAAAGAAAGUGAAAUCGAUUCACCCGCCUCCUAAUCGACAGGACCCCUGAAUGGAAGACGGCUAGAGAGGUCGCCACGCCGAGAACAGGCUGUAACGUUUUUUUCCCCUUACUGUCGUUGUGUUUACCACUAUCCGAUAUAUCAUUGGCAGCAUCGACGGCUGCAAACGACGCCGUCUUUGGCCAUGGCUUUUGGCGUGAAAGAGCCAGACAGCCUUCUCAGAACGAGGAGCGCCUAAAGAUUCGUCAUUAUUGCGGAUUUAAAUGCCUCUCUCCAAGGGCCACCGACCCGCUAUUUUGGUCAGGUCCGCGCGUGCGGUGUCUCAAGCUGUCACGAGCAAACAAUUCACAGGCUGCUAAAACACAGAAAGAGACUCCAUCGGGUGGGUGAACAUAAUCUACAGCGAAGAGGGGGAUUUUUUUUCAGGCAAUAUGGCUGGUGAGUGGGGCUGGGGACGCUGGCACAGGCUCUCCAAGGCUCCUAAAUGCUAGCUGAAGCAGAUGGCACCGUUCCCCAUGGAAGCGACAGCUCUAUGAGGACAAGCAAUAUCAAUAAUAAUAUAAAUCCGGACUCUUCAAUCUUAAUAUCCAAGAUGGAAGACGUUGUCAUCCCGUUCUCGUCUGAGGUGCCCUGCGACAAUAAUGGACAGCGCAUGUGGUGGGCAUUCCUCGCCUCCUCCAUGGUGACGUUUUUUGGGGGUCUCUUCAUCAUCCUGCUAUGGAGGACCCUCAAAUAUCUGUGGACUGUUUGCUGCCAUUGCAACAUCAAAAACAAGGAGGCUCAGAAGGUGAACAACCCAGCCAACAAUCAGGCAGCAGACAGGACACCAAAGGGUCCUGAUGAGAAGGAGGAGGCGCCAGCCAGCGAGGUGGGAUGGAUGACUUCGGUCAAAGACUGGGCCGGUGUCAUGAUCUCCGCUCAGACGCUCACCGGCAGAGUUCUGGUGGUGUUAGUCUUUGCGCUCAGCAUCGGGGCCCUUGGAAUAUACUUUAUAGACUCCUCAGAUCCCAUAGAAUCCUGCCAGAACUUCUACAAAGAUUUCACAUUACAGAUCGAUAUGGCCUUCAACGUCUUCUUCCUUCUUUACUUUGGCCUGCGGUUUAUAGCAGCCAACGAUAAGCUGUGGUUCUGGCUGGAGGUCAACUCCGUGGUCGACUUCUUCACUGUUCCUCCUGUCUUUGUCUCUGUCUACUUAAACAGAAGCUGGCUUGGUUUAAGAUUCCUGAGAGCGCUAAGGUUGAUACAGUUCUCGGAAAUCUUACAGUUUUUGAAUAUCUUGAAAACAAGCAAUUCCAUCAAGCUGGUGAACCUGUGUUCCAUCUUCAUAAGCACAUGGCUCACAGCUGCUGGAUUCAUACAUCUGGUGGAAAACUCAGGGGAUCCUUGGGAAAAUUUCCAAAAUUCCCAGUCACUUUCCUAUUGGGAAUGUGUCUACUUGCUGAUGGUGACUAUGUCUACAGUGGGCUACGGGGAUGUCUAUGCAAAAACCACCUUGGGGCGCCUGUUUAUGGUCUUCUUCAUCCUUGGUGGUUUGGCCAUGUUUGCCAGCUACGUCCCUGAAAUCAUAGAGUUAAUAGGAAACCGCAAGAAAUAUGGUGGUUCCUAUAGUGCGGUUAAUGGGAGAAAGCAUAUUGUGGUCUGUGGUCAUAUUACCCUCGAAAGUGUCUCCAACUUCCUCAAAGACUUCCUACACAAGGACAGGGAUGAUGUCAAUGUAGAAAUUGUUUUUCUCCAUAAUAUUUCCCCUAAUCUUGAGCUGGAAGCCUUGUUCAAACGCCAUUUUACCCAAGUAGAGUUCUACCAGGGAUCUGUUCUCAACCCUCACGAUCUGGCCCGAGUGAAGAUCGAGUCAGCAGAUGCCUGCUUAAUCCUAGCCAAUAAAUACUGUGCAGAUCCUGAUGCUGAAGAUGCCUCCAACAUCAUGAGGGUCAUUUCAAUCAAGAACUACCAUCCCAAGAUCAGAAUAAUCACACAGAUGCUACAAUAUCACAACAAGGCCCAUCUGCUGAACAUUCCAAGCUGGAACUGGAAGGAGGGUGAUGAUGCUAUCUGCCUGGCGGAGCUGAAGGCAGGCUUCAUUGCCCAGAGCUGUCUGGCCCAGGGCCUGUCCACAAUGCUAGCCAACCUAUUCUCCAUGAGGUCCUUCAUCGAGAUUGAGGAGGACACAUGGCAGAAGUAUUACCUUGAAGGAGUGGCUAAUGAGAUGUACACAGAGUAUUUGUCCAGUGCCUUUGUGGGCCUCUCCUUCCCCACUGUCUGUGAGCUAUGUUACGUGAAGCUGAAGCUGUUGCUUAUUGCCAUCGAAUACAAGUCUGAGCAGAGAGAGAGCAGAAGCCGAAAGCGCAUCCUCAUCAACCCGGGCAACCAUGUCAAGAUGCAGGAGGGAACACUGGGAUUCUUUAUCGCCAGUGAUGCCAAAGAAGUAAAAAGAGCAUUUUUCUACUGCAAAGCUUGUCAUGAUGACAUCACAGACCCUAAGCGGAUCAAGAAGUGUGGCUGCAAACGACUGAUUUAUUCCAAGAUGUCCGUCUACAAACGAAUGAAACUGGCAUGUUGUUUUGAUUGCGGCCGUUCAGAGCAAGACUGCUCUUGCAUGUCAGGCAGUGUACAUAGUAACAUGGACACCCUUCAGAGGGCCUACCCACUUUCCUCUGUCUCUGUUCAUGAUUGCGCAACCACUUUACGUGCAUUCUCCUCAGCCAAAUAUAAGUAUAAUGGAUGUGUCAGAUCACCAGCAGAUGGCGCUACAACACCAGGGAACAGUGGAAGUCAAAAAGAGGCUGGCGUUCGAUUCAAAGCUGAUUGCAAUUUAGUUGAAGACGAGCAUCCAUCAACUCUCUCACCCAAAAAAAAGCAGCGCAACGGAGGGAUGCGAAACUCACCCAACUGCUCGCCCAAGAUGAUGAGUCGACAUGACCCCCUUCUAAUUCCCGGAAAUGAACAAAUUGAGAACAUGGACAUGAACGUGAAGAGGUAUGAUUCGACAGGGAUGUUUCACUGGUGCCCAUCAAAGGACAUCGAAAAAGUCAUCCUGACCCGGAGUGAAGCCUCCAUGACAGUGCUGAGCGGCCAUGUAGUGGUCUGUAUAUUUGGGGAUGUCACGUCCGCUUUAGUGGGGCUGCGAAACUUGGUGAUGCCUUUAAGAGCCAGCAACUUCCAUUACCAUGAGCUAAAGCCUAUAGUUUUUGUGGGCUCGCUGGAUUACCUGCGGAGAGAGUGGGAAACUUUACACAACUUCCCCAAGGUCUCCAUCUUACCUGGUACGCCAUUAAGUCGGGCAGAUUUAAGGGCUGUCAACAUCAACCUCUGCGACAUGUGUGUAAUACUGUCAGCCAAUCAGAACAAUAUCGAAGAUGCCUCACUGCAGGAUAAGGAAUGCAUCUUGGCAUCACUCAACAUCAAAUCUAUGCAGUUUGAUGACAGCAUCGGGGUCUUACAGGCUAAUUCCCAAGGUUUCACGCCUCCUGGAAUGGACAGGUCAUCUCCAGACAGCAGUCCAGUACAUGGCUUUGUGCGUCAGGCUUCCGUCACCACCGGCUCCAACAUCCCCAUCAUCACGGAGCUAGCUAAACCUGGCAAACUACUGCCAUUGGUUUCACUCAGUCAGGAAAAAAAAAGUGGAACCAACAUACAAAUGAUAACAGAGCUGGUGAACGACUCAAACGUUCAGUUCCUGGACCAAGAUGAUGACGAUGACCCGGACACAGAGCUGUACCUCACUCAGCCCUUCGCCUGCGGCACGGCCUUCGCUGUCAGUGUACUCGACUCCCUGAUGAGCGCUACGUACUUCAAUGAUAACAUCCUCACACUGAUUCGGACGUUGGUCACAGGGGGGGCCACACCAGAGCUGGAGGCUCUGUUGGCUGAGGAGAACGCUCUCAGAGGAGGCUACAGCACACCGCAGACACUGGCCAACAGAGACAGGUGUCGCGUCGCCCAGCUAGCCCUCUACGAUGGGCCAUUUGCUGACUUGGGGGAUGGUGGCUGCUACGGGGAUUUAUUCUGUAAAGCACUGAAGACGUACAACAUGCUGUGUUUUGGAAUCUACAGAUUAAGAGACGCUCAUCUCAGUGCACCAAGCCAGUGUACAAAACGAUAUGUGAUCACAAACCCACCAUAUGAGUUCGAGCUGGUGCCCACAGACCUGAUCUUCUGCCUCAUGCAGUUCGACCACAAUGCAGGCCAGUCCCGGACAAGCUUGUCCCACUCUUCCCACUCCUCCCAUUCCUCCAGCAAAAAGAGCUCCUCCGUCCACUCCAUCCCGCCCUCCAACCGGCAGAACCGCAGUAGUAAGACCCGGGAGGCCCGCGACAAACAGAAUGCAACAAGGAUGAAUAGAAUGGGCCAAGAAAAGAAAUGGUUUACAGAUGAACCAGAAAAUGCCUACCCACGGAACAUUCAGAUCAAGCCCAUGAGCACUCACAUGGCCAACCAAGUCAACCAAUACAAAUCCACUAGUAGUCUGAUUCCACCAAUCAGAGAAGUUGAAGAUGAAUGCUGAACACCAGGUUUUCUUGCUGACUCACAAGACAUCUGUGCGCUCUUUCAAAAAAGACGAGAAGAGAUCACCAGUGGAGGAGGGAUGAUGAUGACAGCGAUGUUGAAGACUGACACAUUUCUCUUCACUCAUUCUUCUAAUCAAGGGUUUGACAGGAACCCAAACUGGAAGGGACCUCCUAUGUGUAUACCUUUAAUGUUACUUGCUCUUGGACAUGGUUUUAUUUAUUAAUGUAUCCAUAGAGAUGUACAUAAUGACAAUCAAAUAAGGAUUGUACAGCCCCUCCCCCCUAGCACUUUUUGGAAUUAUUUUAAGAGUUGACAAAAAAAGUACUUCCUGUAAUUCUUUGCAAUAGUUCACCUCUUCGUGUGACCAGACUCCAUGGCUAAGGUGACUGGUUAUUGGAGGAUGAGGGUUGCAGCGAUAAACUGAUCAUAUCAUCUCCCAAAGAUCUGCCCAGAUGCGUCAUGUCAAACCAGCUGGGUUCAUCAGCUUCAUAUCUCCUGUCUGCUUCUGUUCUAUUUGCACUAAAACUGAAAAAGUUUCUUUUGACAGAACAACUGGAACCAUCAGAUCCCCCCCCCAAUAAAAUGUCUCAGAGGAGAUGAAGGAAGGAAGGUAGAAAGGGAGGGCUGCUUGGCUUCGGAGGCAUACUAAUCUUGCUCUUAGGUUGUUACACAUUAUGCCAUGGCUUGAAGUUUGCUACUUCACCGUUGACUCGUCAUGUUGAGUGAGAGCAUUCCAGUCCUGCAGAACAAAAAUCAUCUUGCAAAACAGUAGUCUAAAAAAACUCGGAGAGUGGUGCAGCGUUGGUGUGUGCUGGCUGAGAGAGAACCCCUGUACCUACAUGUCUUCUGCUGAUGCGUCAGAUCAUAAAGCCUGUGACUCUGAUUUCAAGCUCCUAUCGCAUGAUACGUGCCUGAGCCCCCCUUCUCUAUAACAGAUACAGUGCGGUUGAUCAACCUGAAUACAUGAGAAGGAUGAAAAACAACCUGCCCUGUCCUUCAUGCGUUCAGGAGCAUUUAUGUACACGCUGUGUGUGUGUAUGUAUGUAUGUGUGCGUGCAUCACAGCCACUUGUCCUUCUGAUGUUGCACUGAUCGGUGCCGUAACCCCACACCCCAAUAUAUCGGCUUGUAUGUGAUGGUGCACCUUUGAAGGAACAGCAUGAGGGAUCUUAGCUCUAAAACUGAAUGCUAUGGUAGAAAAGAACAGUAGAAUCUGGAGGGUUUGGAUCUACUAACAAAAAUGUUAUGUUGCAUCAAAAACCAAACCAAAAUCCCCAACUAUGAUUGAGCUGAGCUAACACGAACAGCAGCUGCGUGCCCACCGUUUAACGCUUUGCCGUGAUAUCUGCGGCAGAAUUGGGAUCACAAAGACGAGUGGUGUAUUUUCUGAAUGUUUUGUCUGUUACGAAAAAAGUUCACGUCUGAGGAAAGAAAUGCCACGUAGCGCAUAAAAGUGGGCAUCAAUGGGUCCUCCUUUGAUUGGAGUAACUGCCUGGCACAGGGUUGGCACAGAGGCAGUAAAGAGCUUGGAUGUUCUCUGUCGCCAAUCCAGAAGUCACACGCCUCAAAACUCUCAGGAGUUAAGCUGCUGUGUUCAGCCCUCUAACUUGGAGGGGAAAACGCUCAAACAUAGUUGGGUAGAAAUGCAACAAUGCCACAGGCUGCUAAUAAGGACAGUGGACAGGAACCAGUGUUCUUUAUGCUAGCCUGUGUGCGAUAAAGAGUGUAUUUUGCACAUUUUUAGGCACUGAUAGAUCCAAAUCCAGCUGUGAUAGUGAAGGAGGAUUGAGGUAGUAGCCUUGUACUCCUAAUACCUAAACUUCAUACAAAUAUGUAGUUGGAUUUAUACAUUUAAACAUACUUAUUUUGUAUCCAUUAACAUAAUCAAUUUGUACUUAUUUUUCUAGACAAGAACCAAGUGAAAAGUACUAUACUGAAGGAGAUUAAAAAAGACUCCAUGAAUAUCUUCAAUCACAACUACAUAUCAAGGGAUUUUGUGUUUGACUAUAUCAUCUUUUAUUUCACAUCUUACUAAAACAAAAGAUUAUUUUUUUAUCCCCCUGCCCCGUCUUUAACAAACUGUAUCACUCUGGAGCUAAUAUAGCUUAGACUAGCUUGCAGUGUGAAACCACCAUCUUCAGCCUGGCAGCUCGGCUCUGUUGAGUGCUUGUAGAAAUAAAUUAAAGCUUCUUUUAGUUGCACAGAUGAACCAUGUCUACUAAAUAAUGCGUCUACUACUAAGCAUCUCUCGCUGUGAACAUGCAGACAGAAAGACAGGUGUACAGGAAUUAUAUAAUGGGGGGUAAAUGUAUUUAAAGAGCAGAUCAGAGUGGUAAUAAUAAGGAGAAGAUCAGAGAGUCGCUCCCUCUGUGUGCAGGCCAGGACUGAAUGACCUUCAUUAGAUGUGUUUGACCUAAAUUAGGUCCCUAGAGUGGAGGGAGAGUGUAUACACUACAGCACAGUGUGCUGUUGUUUUCCACAAAUUAUGAUUUCAAAUAUGACAGGGAGUCACUGGCUGUUUAUUGCAGUGACUCUCCUCUAUAGGCUGUAAAGGAAAAGUAAUUCUAAAAAAAUAAUAAUUUUGGAAUAUGGAAAAGAACAUAAUAUUGUGCUAAAUAUGUUUGUGUAAAUUCAACCCAUUAUAUAGACCACAUUUCUUUCUCAAACAAAAUGAUCUGAGCUUCAAUGUCCGUCUAUUGGGUGUGGUGCAACUAUACUGAAGCCUCAUACACAUUGUCCUGAAGUGAACUUUUGAACUGUGAUUACAUCGUUGUCACACUUUGUAGCAAAUAGAUUUCUUUUCAGAAAAUAUGUGAGUAAAAUGUAUGUAUAAUUGGGUUGUUAAUGGCAUACUUGCUAGCCUGAACAAUAAGGAACUAUUCAUAUUUGAUAAUGGCAAUGACCCAUUAUACAUAGAAUCGACAGACUGAUUGUUAUGUUGGAAAAAAAAAAGACAAACAUGUAUCUUGAAAAUGAACUAUCCCAGAUUCUCUAGGAAUGCAGGGAACUAUUGAAGUACUGUAUGUGACACAACGAAAAGUCAGGCAGAAUUUGAUCUGGUUUGUCAGCCAUCACAAAGAUGGAAGGUAGCACCAAUUCAGCAAAGUUUAUCAAAAGAGAGAACAUCCUUAAUUUUCCUGUUUUUAUUACUUUGUGUUAUUACAGGGUUUACAUUCCAUUUUGUCAGCUUGUCAUUAUCUGUCACAACUGCUUCUUAUUUGUUUACAGAGUAUUUUUUGAGGUACUUAAACAUAGCAUUGUUCAGAAAUAAAUCGGUACAUGCUGCAAAACUGGCAUUAAUAUAAACUCGCAAAGUAAUGCACCAUUUGUUUUCAUCACACUUGAUUACUGUGCUUUUUCUACCUGAACCCUCAUUGUGCAACUCAUUCAGGCUGGCAUUAUCACAACACUGGACUGAGAUGUGUCUCUCCUUCCUACACCUUGUCGUAUGUCUCUAUUAGAUGUUUUAGGUCUUUGCAUUGUAUACCUCUAAAGUUUUUAGAGUGUUUUUGAAGUGCCAUGAAGAGUUUAGUUGAGUAAGCAUCCUUCAGUCAUUCAGGGACACAAUUGUCCAAUUGUUUUCCACUGUGAGAACGGUGUCUUGUACUGACAUGGAGAACAUCCAAGCCAUCAAUGCCUCCAUGCCAGUAUAGUGCCAGGCAGUGCAGGAGGUCAAGAGGAGGGCCCAUAAUAAGUCCCACUAUUGCGAAAAGUGGCAUUCAGGAGGCCUGAGGGGCAGCUGGGGCAAUUACAUACGAGCCCUGGCCAUCAAACCACACGUCUCUGCUGUGUGCUUGGUCACAGGUUAUCAGAUCAUGUCAUGUGGUGUAGUUAGAUAUGGAUGACUGAAAGAUGCACAUAGAGGCCCAUGCCUGUAACAUCAGAUGUGUUGUUUUCCACUGAACAAAUCAAAGACUAUGAUGCGUCAUACGUUACUGUUACAGUAUGUUGCAUUAUUUUUGUUAAUCUAUUUUUUGCUGUAAAGGAUGGAUAUAAUAACUUAUUUGCUGGGAAUUGUACUAGAUAUAAUAGAAUAUAUAAUACUUAUGGGGAUGGGAGGUGGGUCUCAAGUCUUAAUAAUACAUUAAAAUUGCAUUCAGCAAUUUUUUUUUAAGAAAAGUUGCAAUUUUUUGUUUAUUUUUUUUGGCUGCCUAUCAGUUCAGGAAGAAUUCAGGACAUUGCUCUUGCGUAUCACAGAUAGGAUUUGUUGGCACAUUGUCAUUGCAGCAAACAGGAGUUUGACAUAGCAGUCUAAUUAGUUUGGAUGUGUUCUAGAUAUGAUGGAAAAUGGAUUAUUUGAUGGUGCUGAGUUGAUCUACCUGACUCUGUCAAAUAUAAUCUGCUGAUAAAUAUACUGUCUUGUACAAAAAGUUUGUACAUAGAUUGUACAUGGUUUCUUUUUGUAUUUUCUCAAAUUAAAAUGGAUGUAUUUGUGUUCUAAAA